CUUUUGCUGAAAAACCAUUGCGUAUGGAGCAAAACAUUCUUCUAGGAUUAUCAGAAGUCAUUUUUGCAACACGUUUAAUUCAUUUGAUGAAGCCGAAAGCAUGCUUUUUUGUGGUUUUAUUUAGUGUUUAGUGCCCUUGACACAUACACAGCCAAGGGAUGGUCAUAAAUCUUUCUUUGGCGAAGGGUUCAUCAUAUAUUGGUGUUGUGUAUGACUGAUAUAUAGAGUAUAUUGAAUAUUCAAACAGAGAGGUUUGCUGUUUUAAUGUGUACUUUGCAGAUGGAUGUGGACUGUGUGUUUAUUCUCAGUAAAUGAUUUGCCAGGAGCCGCAGAUGACUGCUCUUCACGUCACAGGCCAGAUAUUUCUAGUAACUAGUGUAGUUGUCUGUGACCAUGCUUAAUUAUGGUCAGCAUCAUUACACUAAAAUAAACGAGCACAGAAUGCUGCUACAGUUCAAUCCUAAUAGAUUAUUCCACAGAGAAGUGUAAUAUAAAGUUAUAAAAUAUUUUAUUUACACCUCGAAUAUUCUGAAUGUGCAUGAUCAUUUUUUAAACAUGUUUAUUAGUAUUUCUUCCAAGUAUCAUGAUCAUUGUUUUAAAAUAAUGAUCAGAUGUUAAAUCAGAAAUAGAAAACCUACUUAUACUAAGUAAUGCAAGUAAAAAAGUUUUUGACCUCAUCGUUGACCUUUAAUCAAUUUCACAUUCUCUGGCAUAUUUUUCAAUAAAUAAAUGUAAAGAAAUGCAGAAAUUUGGUGGUUCUACUUAAAAGUACAUAAUGUAUAAAACAAAAAAAAAUAUUCAGUAAAAUAAUUUUACUUACGUAAUUGAAAUGAGGGUCAUUAUAGUUAACAAAACCCAUAAAACAAUAUUUUGCGAUUUGAAAUAAAUGAACUUUACUCCAAAUGAAAAAGUUUGUUCCUUUAAUUAAUCUCAUUACUCAAGCUAAAAUAUCUUAGUACAUGGACGUAAAAAAAAAAAAAAGAAAAAUGAGAAAAGCAACAAAAUUACUAAAUCUUUAAGUAAAAUAGAAAAAUAAAAUCUAAAUUGAAUUAAUAAUUAUUCCUAAAUUCAAAUUGUAAUUAUCUAAUUAUAUAUUGAAAACCAACAGACAAAAUCACAUAAAAUUAAAAAUAGUUUUAAUGAAUAAUAACGUUGUAUCAUGUAUUCUUAUGUUAAUUUUAUGUCAUCAUUGAACUUCAGUUCAGUCAGUUUCGGAUGCUGAUGCUGACGUCACAUUUACUUGUUUUUUAAGACUAUAAUUUCUCAAACUUUCAAUUAAAUGAAACAAGCGCAGAUAUCUGUUGGCCUCACUUUGACACUGAUGUCCUGGUCGUGUUCUGGGUCUAUUUUAAGCCUCCACUUCCUCGUGUAAAACGUAAAGACAUUCACUUUAUGAAAGCAAUAGCAUGUGUGGGCUCAAGAGCAAGAGCAACGCAGGACCGGAUUAAUUCAUGCUGUUUCAAAGCUUCAUUGAGCUCUGUUGCACAUCAAACCGAUCAGAUUUCACCUGUUUGCAUUCUAGUCAUAGUUAAAGAUGAACCAUCCUGAAGUCAAAGGGUCAAGUGACUUUGGUAACACAGGAGACAUCAUCAGGCGCAGUGGCAUUCCUGGGCAAACACAGCCGAAUCCAUCGCCUUCUUCGCUGCGUUGUUUCUCUCACAGAGUCACGGAGAGAUCCUCUAUUUUCCAUUAUUAUAAGCUCUUUAAAGACCUGCACCAGCAGCUGAACUCCUCUAAUGCGCAAUGCCAAAAAGUGACACCUGGCCCGGGGGCGUCUCCAUUGACUCUGUGUCUGUGAUGGACAGUGCAGGAAGCUGUGAUAGUGUGCUCAGCAGCAACUCUGGAUUUAGCGAUGACAGUUACCUUUCUGCUGAGGAGAGAGCCUGUCUCAUGUUCCUGGAGGAGACCAUUGAGUCUCUGGAGGUAGAAGAUGACAGCGGUUUGUCUGACGACGAGUCUGAUUGCCCAAUUAAUGGCCUGAAAGAAAACACUUCUCAGCGAACAUCCAUGCACAAGAAAAGAUCUGAGGAGCUAUCAGCCCAUGAGGAUCCAAACAAAGUGACUGGAAAAGACCGUAAACCUUCUCAGAAGUACCUUGUGCCACCUCCAUCACUCCUUGCCAGUAGGAAUGCCAAGAUAGUCAACAAACCAAUGGAAACAUCGCCAAAGGAAACACCUGUGGCUUUUAUUGAUGUACCUGAUGGGUUUAGAUCAAGCCCUGACCUUCACCAACCAAGACGGACCGUUCCAGAAGAAGCUACUUCAAAAGUAGCAUCUUCCAAAAAAAGCACUGGACAGUCAGUUGAUGUGGUGGACUUGCCACCCUCAUUCACACCCGAACCUCCAGUUCAAACAAGUUUACAAAGUGACUCGAAAGCCAAAGAUGGUGCACCUAAGAGUUUGGAGGUCAAGUCUCAGUCGAAGCAGGAGAAGGUUUCCUCAGAGGUGCCGCUUGAAUUCAUUCCUCCACCCUCAGACUUCAUGGAUGAACCAGUGGAGAAAAUAAGCCUUGCUUAUUCGCAACCGCCUCCUGUUUACAACAAGCCACCGGAAAGGGUUCCCGAACUCCCCAAAAUGGAGUCUGGUGGAUCCAUCAAGCCAACAAAGGUGACCAAAUCAGAUCCAGAAUGCACAUCAAGUGGACCGUUAUCCCACAAUGUGAUUGGAAACCCAUGCAACAAGGCCUCCUUGAAGAAAGCUCCUCACUUGACACCAUUGAUGGUUGUGCAACAGUCUGCGACGGACAAACCCCUGAUGCCUUUGCCAUCUUCAGAACACAGUUCUGCUACGCUGAAAGAGUCCGGCGAUCCCAAAAGCCCACCGGCUGUGGCACCCAAACCCAAGAAGCUCCCAUCGAAUAUCGUCUUCAAAAGCCACAAGGACCCGGGAAACACACAUUCGUUACUUCCUCAAACCGAACGAACUCAGAUGGAUCCAAAGAAAAUCCGAAUGGAGGCGUUGAAAAAAUUAGGCCUGCUGAAGAACGAAGAGAUAGAAACGGGCCACGGCGUGUCUCCUUCUCAUUCACCAACAUUCAAAGCUAAAACUCGUCCUCAGUCGUUUUGUAACCCAACAGAUCCCAUUCGGGAACCAUCCAGACUUCCCAAAAGCCCCAUACCAGAUGACGUGCAUCUGGGAGACACACUAAAGUACCAAGAUAAGAAAAGCAGGGAAGUUUCACUAAAAAACCAAGCGACAAGAUCCUACGAGAUCAAAACGGCGUCCCUGGAGCGCACGAGAUCUCGAAUGGCUGCUAACCCUGUGCCAAAGACGACAAACCCUCAAAGGACCCAAGUUGAGUUGUCUCCAGGUCAGUUACGAAAGAGCAGAGCUCGACCUUUUUCUGCAGGGAGCGCCAAGGACUUUGGCAUCGCCCAUCAAGUUGAAGACUCAACCAAAUCGCUCAAAGCGGCUGCAGCUCAUCCAGGAAACGACGGGCAAAAGUUGCAUCGCUCCGGAAUAAGUGUGAUGAUCUCUCCACAAGGUACAAAUGGAGAGAACCGAAGGGAAGCCUUGAAGAAACUGGGAUUACUGAGGGACUAAUGGAUGGUACUACUGGCCUUUCGAUGUAUUCUGGGACAUUAACAUUGAAAGGACAAAUGCUGAUGAUAUGGACUUUGACAAUGUUUGUGAUGCUUUUGGUUUCGGCUUGAUCAUCGAUUUGCAUCUUUAGGUACCUGCUUAAGUACCUGACACUUGAGUAACGUUAUAUAUGCACUUAUAGUAAGGCUACGUCCACAUGAAUCCAGAUCAACUUGAAAACAGCAUUUUCUGCUCUUUUAUCAUCAUAAAAACGAACUUGGGGGUAACACAUUAAAAGUAACUCAAGUUACGUAAUCUGGUUUAAUUAGUCAAUAAGAAAUUGCUUUAAAAAUUUACAAAAAAAAAUAUCCAAGCUGCUUUUUCAAAUAAGCAAAAGUUACUUUGAUUUCCUAUUUAUUCAUUGAAUGCAAUCAGUUGAGUAAUGCCAUAUUUUAAUGCAUUACAUUUAAAAGUAAAAGUAACACUGCUGAUAUGCUACAAAUGAAGUUAUCAUGCUAUUCUUCUGGAACCAUCAUUUAUUAGCAAAAUAUCCCAUCACUCGCUUAUUUUAUCUUGCUUUACGCUUUCAUAGUGUUGCAGUAUAGUAUAUUCUUUUAACUGCAUCACAUGAUUUUAUAUAUAUAUAUAUAUAUAUAUAUAUAUAUAUAUAUAUAUAUAUAUAUAUCAGACAUUCGAAGAUUUACAAAAUAUAUAGCAUAAAAGGUUUUAAAAUAUACUUAUGUUAAUAUAUAUUUUACCAAUAUAUUUUUGGCAAUUUUUUUUCAAUGUAUUUCAAUAUAAAAUUGUGGUAGAUGGGAAAUAUAUUUUCUUGCCCCUAAAAUACAUUUUGAAAGUUAUUUUAGUAUAUUUAGAGAAAAAAAAUGCCAUAUGGGUAACAGAGCUCUGUUUUCGCUGGACAAAUAGGGUUUUUUUCAGUGUGGAUUUAAAGCUGUUUUCAAAUUGAUCCCAAUAAAGUAGAUGUAGCCUAAGAAAAUUUUAAUAGAUAAUAUUUUUCCAUAUCAUUAAAAUAUUUAUAGUUUUGAUGAUCACUUUCACUUUUUGUGUAAUGUGAAAUGUAAAUAGUUGCAGUAUUUUCCUCAGAAAAAAAAUGAAUAUGAAUAUUUUGUUAGCCUUUUAUAGAUUCUGAUUAUAUGCUGUCUCAAA